UACAAAAAUGAUGUAAUAAAUGAGGUCAAUAGAAAUUGAACUGAAAUUGGUUUGAUUCCUUUGGAGUUACACAAUUUCAGAACAAACAUGAUGGACGCCAUUCGGAACCUCAUCUGUGCCCCACUUUCUCCAUCCAAUUUGACUUAUAUGGCCACUGUGCAAAACAUUGAGUCUCAUGAAAAGGAAGCAAUGGAUGACUCAGACAUCGAGUCACAUGUUGGGGAUGACAUGGACAAUGGGCCUGAACUCAUGAAUGAAGAUGACGAGAGGUCCAACAUCGUGGGGAAUAAUAAAGGUGAUAUUUCAGAAGAUAUUGUUAAUGCAGACACUUUAGAUCUUCCAUCACAUGAAUGUUAUGCUCCGAUCAAUGCCUCAUCUUGUGUGGUGAUUGCUGAGCUUGCCCUUCUAGAAGGUGUCAACAAGGUGGCAGAUAUCGAUAAUAAGCAAGCAGACAACCCCAUUUCAUUUGACACUAUUAAGUUGUUUGACAUUGUUGAUGUGGUCAAGACAAAGCACCUAGUUUCACCGAAAGAACCUAAAUUUAGUAUUGGAUCUAUCUCGCUUGUCCCUCGGUUAGCUCCAAGAUCCAAGAUGGUUGCAUAUUCAAAGAGUGGACUACUCCUUUGGUUCAGCAUUCUUUCUCCAGUCUUAAAGCACGAGUGGGAGCCACCACCUUGAGGACAAGGUGGUUUUUUAGGGGGUGUGAAUGAUAUGAAUAUAGAUUAGUUAUAUUA